UCAAAACUGACCUUUUCCCAAUGGUGGACAUUGCUCAGUUGUGUCAUUUAUCAGCAAAUCGUGACAACGAUUCCUUGCGUUUACUUUUAUACAUCAUCGUCUCAUUUCCCUUUACCUGGCAAAAAUGGCUGUCCAAGUGUGGCCAAGGCCGAUCGAUGAGGCGGUCUUUGGACCCCGGGUUCAAUAUGUAUCCGCCACUAAGACUUUGUGCGAUGUCGUCCACUUUGGCUCUGGACUAGGCAGGGGGAGGUUUGGUGCCGUCCGUGAGGUCACUAUGCCUAUGGUUGAACAAAAAGCAAUUGUAGCCAAGACUAUGAUCUAUAGUGGGUAUCCGCAGUUAGAGGAAGAUGUGCUGCGGGAGUGUCAAAUUGGAUUGAAGUUGCGCCACCCGAACAUCGUUGCUUGCUUGGGAGCCAUGCAGACGGAUGUCUGGGCAGUCCUGUUUCUGGAGCGCCUAGAUGGCUCCUCUCUUCAUGAUUAUAUCAAUCAGUGGGACGAUCUCAGAGAAGAUUUACUAAGGGGCGUAAUUAUCCAAGUCCUUCAAGCUCUGUAUUAUAUGGAGACUGCUAAGGUUGUCCAUCUGGACUUAAAAGAAGACAAUAUCAUUGUCUCAGUAGAUGGUCAUGCCAAAGUGAUAGACUUCGGAAUGGCUCGUCAGAUUCCACCAGGGCAGGACAAGGUGCCAUUCAUCCGCGCCGAUAUGUAUACCCAUCCCCCGGAGAUGAACGAUCCGACCAUGGGUGGCGUAGAUCACAAGACCGUCAUGUUCUUUCUGGGCGGUAUGAUCUACCGUGUCGCCGUUCAGGACUAUCCAUUCGCCAUAGAUUUCCCGCGAUUUAGCAUAAGUCAGCAGAAUAGCGCAAUAGCGCGUGGCAUUAAUAUCGCAGGAAGUCAAUACUCGGAACUAUCGCCGAAACUGAAGUUGCUGCUUCGAGAGUUGCUGCUGUACAGGCCACAAGAUCGGCCAACGGCAGUGCAGGCCAUGACGCAUUCCUGGUUCACCGACGCGCCGGAUUUCGUCGAGCCCAAGCUGCAGAGUUACGUUGAUAAACCGCCGCCAGUACACAUUCACGACAUGCCGGCACCCAUAUGGGUAGACAUGUGCCAACAGCUGCAAAUCCGACCGGCAGAGCUGCUGGAGAAUAUCCAGCAGAAGUUCCACUGGCGGGCUAUCCUAUACGAGUAUCUUACUCUCUACAGGAGGAACCCUCCAAGGCCUCCAAGGCGGCGAAAGCGGCGAGCUUUGCUACCAACAAUUCAUGAAGAAGACCCAGCAGAUGAGCAGGCAGAAGAGUAGCAUUUAGUGAUACAAUGACAUUCUAUACGGAAUAUAUAAUGACAUUCUAUACAUAACAUUAUUAUAAUUUCUG